AUGGAGAUCCUUGUCGGACUGAGGCUCGGACCAUCUGGUUCUGGACGGGAUCGCUGCACCGCCAGCCGCUCCGCAGAUGGAGAGUUCAUCAUCAUGGCUCCUCUGGCUGAGUGUGGGAGCAGAGUGACGUUUACAGACGAUGCGGUGUUGUACAGCAACAUGCUGCUGUUCUUCCCUGGAUCUUCACCUGGUGAGACGUUCAAGACGGAGGGAGCUGCUGUUCCUGUGCUGUGUCGGUAUAAAAGGAGGUACGCUGAGAGCAGCGGAGCCCUGAGGCCAACCUGGAUGUCUGUCAUCUCCGUCCACUCGGCUCAUCUCACCCCCGACUUCUACCUCAACCUCAUGACAGAUGACUGGAGCAGUGAGAGACACUCACCUGUUUACUUCAUGAGCGAGAUGGUGAACAUCCUGACCUCAAUAGACCACCACCAUCAUCAUCACCCUCCCCUCCGCCUACAUGCAGGCAGCUGCGUGGCCACCCUCACUCCUGAUGUGGACUCUCACCCCAGAUACCACUUCAUAGACCACCAGAGAUGUUUCACAGACUCCCAGCUGUGCGGCUCCGGCUCUCGCUUCCUGCCCCGGGUCCGGGACGACCUCCUUCGCAUUCAGCUGGAGCCUUUCCUCUUCCAUCAGGACCGGAGAUACUCUAUUUACAUCACUUGCUACCUGGAAGCUGUUGCCCUCUCUAAGAAGGACCCAGAGAAAAAAAGCCUGCUCUUUUAUAACUGGGAGGUGGAGGUCAGCAGAUGGGGACGAUCAUGAGUGCGAGAGCAGUGACAGACCCUGAGCGGCGGCCGAAGGCAGCAGUGCUUAUUUCAUCCACGAGAGGGCGCAGAGGAGCAACAGAGAGCGCGGACUAAAUGGUGUAAAGUGUGCUGGGUUUCCUCCUGAGUCGCAGUGUGCAGGUCAUGUGAACAGCAGACGAUAACCGAGAUGACGUUUUAUUGCAGAGCUGCUCAGAGAAACAACUCUGGGUCCAAUCACGUUUCUUCCAGAGCGAGAUAAUGGCUGCAGGACUUGAUUCUGUGAAGAACAGUUGAAUCAUGAAAUAGUCCUGCCAUCUGAAAGGCGCCUGGCUGGAAAUUUAGCUACAAUUUAAUAAAAGCAAAAGAUGUCAGUGUGUGAAGCAGGACUUAUGGCCGCUCAAGGUUUAUUUACAUGCAUCUAAGCUGUGCAGCUGUGUAAUUCACCUUGUUUAGAUAAAUUGUUCACUCAAAUAUUUCUGAGUGAAAGGAAGCAUGAAGCACUUAGGGAUAAAGAAAACAGAUAAGCCCCGUUUGCAAAAUGAGACCUAAAUGCAGAAAAUCAUACAUUAUGAAAAUAUAUUACAGGCUUUUGCAGCUGCUAGAACAUUCUUGUAUUGAAUCGGGUCCAAUCUGAUCACAAUCUUUAAUAUGUCUGCGAGGUUACUGAUGUGCUGAACUCUCAUUGUGUGUGUGUCGCAGAAUAAUAGCUCAUUAUGACAACUGAGAGUGUGAGAACAAAAAAGGCACUACUUUAAAGAUGCAUAAGCUCACGUUUUAAAGCACAACUAAAAUUAUGAUUCAGUUUCCAUGAGUUUAAGCGUCUCAGCUGCUGAAACUGGACAUCUGGUGUGGGCAUUAGAGGUACUUAGUCUUUCCAACUAGCCUAAUAUGCUAUCAAUAUGCAGAGAGCGAAGGCCUGACUCUUGAAAUGUAAUAUUCUGCUAAAAAUUGCAUUUGGGGUUGCGAUUUUGCAAACACUCGUGGUGAUGAGCACAUGUUCAACCCUGGCAGAGACAGAUGGGAAGAUGGAUGGAAAUGAAGACAAGGGAAUAGUGGAAGAAAACCUGUUGGCUGCAAAAGAUUCCAGACUGUAUGAGGUUCCCAUUCCAGUAGGAUAACGGCUUUAAACAUACAAGUAGAGAUGCAACAGAAUUAUUCAGAUCAAUACAUCCAUAUGUCAGGAUAGUCCAGUCAAAGUCUAAACUAAAAUCUUACUCAGAAUGUGUGACAAGAGUUGAAAAUGGAUGUUUUUUAGUGUUGAUAAGAACUGGACAAAAUACAGUGGACAGAAGCAUGGAAGCUACUGGCAAGUCCUCCAGCAUGGACAUGAGAGGAAAUGGGACUGGAUCAUACUAACAGCCAACACUGUUGCCACGGUGACGCUAAGAACAAAGUUCUGCUCCACGAGUCCUGACAAGCUAUUAUCUGACUGAAUGGCUGAAGCAGUGGCUCGGGGGAGCCGUAACUUUUCUACCUUACCCUCGCAGCCAGCUGUACUGCAACAUCAACUAGCCUGUAGUACUUGUACAAAAAGACAAUCCACUCUCUGUUGCGCUCUUAUUUAAUUUUUGGUACGUCUUUUCUUCUACUAAAUAAUGGAUGAACAAGAUGCGACAGGAAAUAAUGGGGGAACCAGGUGGAGUUUGAUGUCCAUGACCUGCGUUUCGUUUUUUAUCCACCAGGACAUCCCACACUGAGAAAUAUUUGACCGCGUGUCACCAUGUCAACGUAAGCAGAAGCUGCGGCGCGGCUUUAAAUCCAGAGUCUCUGAGCUGACUGUGAUGAAAAUCAAUUUUCUUUGUGAGUCUUCCUCCCCCUGCAGAUCAACAGGCCGCUCUUCAUCUCCAACUGUCAACACUCACCAAAGACACAAAGUGAAGAAAACUCUGGAGAAACAAAACAUUGUGUUUGGACUCAUGACAGACAGGAAUAAUUUUCCGCUCUGCUCUCGGUGCCAACUUGGAUUUGUGCAGCCAAAGGCGCUCAGGCACGAUCUGUCU